AUACUUACUCUGUUUUGGGGAUGCUUUUUUGGAAGCAUUUUCAUGCUGGGUCCGUUUUUACCUUUGAUGUUUAUAAGCCCGUCUUGGUAUCGCUGGAUCAACAACCGCAUUGUGGCAACCUGGCUCACGCUACCCGUGGUUUUUAUUUCAUCAUCUAUAAAAUAAGGAAAUUGGAGUAGAUGAUCUUUGGAGAUCCAUUCCAGAUUCAGCAGUGUAUGUCUGAUACUAAAGCCAAACAUUUAGAGGCAUUACUGGAAACCAUGUUUGGUGUAAAAGUGAUUGUUACAGGUGAUGCAUUUGUUCCGGGAGAAAGAAGUGUCAUUAUCAUGAAUCAUCGGACAAGAACGGACUGGAUGUUCCUGUGGAGUUGCCUGAUAAGAUAUAGCUACCUCAAAUUAGAGAAAAUUUGCCUCAAAGCCAGUCUCAAAAGUGUUCCUGGAUUUGGUUGGGCCAUGCAGGCUGCUGCCUAUAUCUUCAUUCAUAGGAAAUGGAAGGAUGACAGGAGCCAUUUUGAAGACAUGAUUGAUUAUUUUUGUGAUAUCCAUGAACCACUUCAACUCCUCAUAUUCCCAGAAGGGACUGAUCUCACAGAAAGUACCAUGGCCCGAAGUAAUGAUUUUGCUGAAAAGAAUGGACUUCAGAAGUAUGAAUAUGUCUUACAUCCGAGAACUACAGGUUUUACUUUUGUAGUUGACCGUCUAAGAGAAGGUAAGAACCUCGAUGCUGUCCACGACAUCACGGUGGCCUACCCCCACAACAUUCCUCAGACAGAGAGCCACCUCCUCCACGGGGACUUCCCCAAGGAGAUCCACUUCCAUGUCCACCGCUACCCCAUAGACACCCUCCCCACGUCCAAGGAGGACCUGGAGCUCUGGUGCCACAGGCGGUGGGAGGAGAAGGAAGAGAGGCUGCGCUCCUUCUACCAGGGGGAGAGGAAUUUUUACUUUACUGGACAGACUGUAAUCCCGCCUUGCAAGUCUGAGCUCAGGGUCCUCGUGGUCAAACUGCUGUCUCUAGUGUACUGGACCCUGUUCAGCCCUGCAAUGUGCCUGCUCAUCUACUCGUACAGUCUUGUCCAGUGGUAUUUUAUAAUCAUCAUUGUCAUCUUCGUGCUGCAGGAGAGACUAUUUGGUGGACUGGAAAUCAUGGAACUUGCAUGUUACCGUUUUUUACACAAACAGUCACAUUCAAAUGCAAAGAAAAAUGCGUAAGAUUGUCAAGCUCAGAGUGUAAAAACCUGGGGAUAUUUUCGAAAUGUUUUAGUAAGCCUUUGUAAACUGAGAUGCAUUUUUGCAUGACUAUGUCAAAUAUUUCUUACUACCAUCAUUGUUAAAGAUAUUUUGCACUUAGUUUUGUGGAAAAAUAUUGCUACACACACAAUUUUUCUUUUUAAUCUCUGAAUGUAAUUUCAACACUGUAGCAGGAAGGGAUCACCGUGAAAUAACUCGGGCCAGAAUGUUAUUAAACAAUCACCAGGCUGUUAGCAGACGAGAUACAUCCGAGAUUUUCUUAAAGGCCCAACUCCUACUUCCACACAAAUCCCACAUUCAGGAGGCAGAGCUGGGGCUGUUAUGCGCCGGCCCAGAUCCAGCACUGGCACCGACUGCGGAGGCGAGGGCCCCUACCCCUGGCUCCCUCCCUCGCCAUGGGCCCCGCACAACCUUCUUUGCUGAUCAAACCCUCGCAUCCCUCCAUCAGGCCAGAAAACAAAACCCCUUCUUCUUAACCUGAGCAGACAUCUUGGUAGGAAGCCCUUCAUCAUUCAUAAAAUCUUGGCAUUAGCCUUGCAAUGACCAGACGUCCGAAGACCACCAGUGCCCUUUUCUCACGUUGAAAAUAAGACCUGGACGUGUCUCAGGGAGCAACCACUUAGAAACCUUAGUCUGAAUUUUUAAAGCUAGAAAUUCCUACCGUUUAGUUCUUCACUUCCACGUAACCUCACCUGCUGAGUGCUGGUUUCUUUACAGCUUGUCAGCAGGUGUAGCCUUUUUGCAUUAAAAAGGGUAUAUAAAUCAAGUCACUUACCUUUUUAAACGCAAGUGUAGAAAAACGUUGUUAUUGCCGUCACAAACUCUUGAAGUUGUGUCUUGGUUGAAAUAUUUCUUUAAAACCUGCCACAAAAAAGGAAGGUUACUAUAUUUUCUACAUGCACAUGGGUGUCUAACAUCUGCCUUUAAAACAACAAGAUCGCUUGCCGACAGGACAGUCACAGUUUAGCCUAAAUUAUUCAACCCCUGUAGCCUUGACACAUUUUUCUGAGAACCAAAAUGGUCACACAAAAAUGAAUCCUUUUGUAAUGACAGUGAGAGCUCGCCCUCUCUCUGUCUCUCUUUUAGUCCCAGGUUUCCUCCUUCGGGAGUAAAAGUUAAGCCCACUUUCGACCAAUUGUGCGCCUAAAUAUUCUUGUCAUUUGGAGUCAAUGGAAAAUCCAACAAACCAAUAGCGCUAGUCUCCUUUUCAGGCGAAAGAAACGUGUGGUCACUUCUUCACCCCACUGGAGGCUUUUUUGUCGUACUGGGGGUGCCGGUCAGAGCAGCAGAAAAUAGGGGGCAGUUAAAAGUUUUCAGCUGUUAAGCAAAGAGAAAAAAAAACACCUUACUUUGGCCUUGCACCAGCCUCAAAAGCCAUUUAUUGCUUUGUGUCCUCUUUUGGCUUGAGUGCCUUCUCCUUGAUUACAUCUCGUCUUUGAUGGACGGCGACUUCCAGCCAACAGCUGGCGCGGGCAUCGCCGGGAGAGGCAGGCACGCCGGGAGCAGGACGCCAGAGCAGGUUCUCAGGGAGCCAGGGGCGGCCGUGCUCUGUGGACAUACCCCUGUUCCGGGAAGAGUACUAACUAGUGCCUCUCCUGAAACCCACCACCCUGUAUUUAACUCCUCCUUCACGGCUGUUUUUAAUCCUGCCAGGAGCUACUAAUUAGCAAUUACGCACAUCUGCUCCAAACCUAGCUGUUUUUAAGGUGGUUUCUUUUUAACCUUUUUUCCCCUUAAUAAAAGAAGUUUCCAGUUUAGGCUUCUCUCAGACUUCUUUUGGUUAUAUUUGGAAACAAGAACUAGUUAACAGUCAGGAUUGUGUUUGUCCUGGGUGAGAGGGAAGCGCUGUGUUUUCUGCGCAGGUGUUCGUAGUGUAGCCGCCCUUCCUCCAACUUCUUGUGGCUCCUCCUUCAAGGUCUAAUUGCCUUUAAUGGCGUGUCCUCUUUAACCCUCUGAAACCUGUAAAAGGGGAACUUUUUUUUUUUCCUUUUUAGAACAUGUUUUCUUUUGAUCGUGAAAAACAUGUUUAAGAUUAAAUGCAAACUCCUUUUACCUACCCAGAAUUCGUAAGCCCUGAAACUGGCAAAUAUAGACACUGUAUUUGCUCUAAAAAUCAGAAAUAAUAACUUCAAAAAGAAAAAACUUGCUGGCGGGUGGGAUUUGGGUUUGUUUGUUUGUUUGCAGUAAGGCUUCUUUUAAAAUUGUAAUUAUUUGUGUCUCCUACACAACUUUUCCUUCUCAGUCAAAAAAAAUGAAAGACAUAUACAGUUCAUGACUUGGAAUCUAGAAAUUGGUAAGAAAGUGUCAAGCAGAGGUUAAUGCAGCUUCAGUAUUGUGAUUGGCCCCGGGAGUGGUCCGCUCCCCACCUUCCCACUUGACUCCUGAGUCACGCUGGACUCGCAGCCACUGCUUGUCUGGCUGCAUCAACACUCACCUCCUACUUAACGCCCUUUCAGUGCAUUGAAAGCAAACUCAAUGGGCUUCGACGUGUUUGCAGGGCUGUCUGUCCGAUUGUUACAUCUUAUGGUUCGGACACAUUUUAAAUAAAACCAGUGUGGUUUACAUGGGACAUGAACCAUUAUACUCGAAAUAGCAACCUCCAGGGAAGGGUGCCGAUUAGGUCACAAGUCUUUCCACCUGCAUCUGUGAUGGAACAAGCCCAGGUACUUGUAAAAUUCAGCAGAAGCACAUGGUAAGGGACUAAAAAAAUGAAAGUUAGGACCCUUUGUUGAAAACUCCUGAUAAAACCCUUCCUUGUUUGCGGUGCUGCUAGAGCACGGGUGAGGGUGAGAUCCCGGCUCCCACUCGUGUCCCUGCGGGUUGGUUACCCCACAGCCCACGGCAGACGUUGGCCGUGGUGGCCGAGACCGAAUUCCCCAGGAGGGAGGGGGCCCCGUCUCACCCGGACUUCAAGCUCUGGCCCGACCACAAUGCCCUCGUGCACUUUUAUAACAGAGACUGAUGGAGGGAGACUCUUGGCAUCAAGUUGUUUACAUUUCUUUAUAUAAAUGAUGUGCUUUCAGUGCCUUAGUUACGGGUUCCUUUCUUUUUCUCGUUCCAAGAAUUGUGCAACGCGUCUCUUAGGUGAAAGAGUCUUUUUGCUAUUCGCUAGGAGACAAACGGCUCAUAAAGCACUGGUCACUGUGGCAAACCCUACGUUGUGAUGACAUGGGGAAGGGAGCCUGCUGCUGCCGCGGCGGUUGCCUCAGAGCUGUUCCUCAUGCUGUAGGAAACUAAAACGGUCUUGUCACCUGGCGAGCUUCAGAUUAGAUACGGCCCUAAAGUUGUCUUGUGCCGACCUUAAAUUCUUAUUUCAGAAGAGAGUCUUGGUUUGGGUAAUUCAUUUUCUAAAAGAUCAUUAUGUACAAAGCACUAAGUUUUAAAAAUAACUCACGGAACGGCCUUAGCUUUCGGUGUCCACUGGUAUGUUUGCGAGUCGCGUCUCUGUAGUACCGAUCCCAGAAUAAAGUGGAGAGAAUUAAA